AUCCCCGAAACUGACGCCAUUUUUAAAUACCGGUUGACGAUAGCCGGUUUUGUGUGAGCUCUGUGUUGUGUAUACACCAGUUAUUUUUAUUUAACAAAAAUAAUUAUCACUUCGCAUGACAGAAAAACCACAAAUAUUCACUGAUAAUUAUUCUUGAUCAAUAGUCAUUGGCAGUACACAUAUUUUACUAACCUCAGAACAAUAAUCGUGAAUAACAGGGCGAAUGAAAAAAGCGAAGCGUUACGAGUGAUGCGUGUUUGGUUAGAAUGAUAUACAACAGUGUCCAAAAAUUAUCAAUUAACGUUACCUCAAGGCACCUUAACGACACGAAUAAUCGGUGAAUCAUCAGUGAUAAUGAGCGGGGAAACAAGGAGGGGCAGUAGAUCAGAUAGAUCUAGGGAGGAAAAGAUAAGAAAUUUGAGAAGGAGUGUGUCAGGCUCGAGUGACAAUGGCACGCGUUCGCGAUCGAGAAAUUCUCCCGGUAAAGAGAAGAGAAACAGAUCAACGAGACAGAGGAAAAUGAGCUCUUCACAGUCUGUCGAUGCAUCGAGUGGCUCAAGCGCUGAUCGCAAAAGGGGUGAUGGGGGUAGAAAUAGAGAUUAUCGCAAUGGUGUCAGGCCAAUGUAUCAAGAUAACCCUAAUAAUCGAGGUGGUGGUGCUGGUGGCGGAUUCAGAAAGCGAAGACAUUCACCUGGCCAGAUUAAUUGGCAGAGAGAGCAAUUUGAUAAACGCAGACAAAUGUCUUCCAGGGGCCACUUCCAAGGACCGAGAUUUGACAACCGGCAGGACAAUAGAUUUAGGAACAAUUCUUUUGGUCGUUUUCGGGACAGAAAUUGGAAGAAUCAGAAUCAGAGGAAUUUUCGAUUCAAUGAUAGGAAUCGAGAGAGAUUUCAGGAGAGGAAUAAUGAACGUGGGGGACUGAACAGGAGAAGUCGGGGAGGAAUUGCAAGUGACGAGAUGGCCAUGAAUGAUGGAGGCAAGAAUCAUAAGGAGGCAUCGGCCUGGACUAGGGAGAGUCCUGAGAGGAAGAGGGAGAAGGACAGGGAUCCUUCGGGCACUAUCAAGGCUGAUGAGCCUGCCGCUUCUCUGUCCCCUGAUAUCAGGAACAGGAGCAGCAGUCCUGGGAAGAAGAAGAAGGUCAAUCGAUCGAGAUCGUCGUCUUCUUCGUCUUCGUCGAGUGAGAGCAGCAGCAGUAGCUCCAGCAGCAGCUCCUCCAGCUCAUCCUCCAGCAGCAGUUCGUCCUCCAGCAGCUCUGAUCGAGAUAAGAAACGCAAAAAGAAAAAAAAGUUGUCCAAGAAGGCUAAGAAGGCCGAAAAGAAGAGGAAGGAGAAGAAGAAAAAAUUGAAGAAGAGGCAGAAGAAGAAGAUGAUAAAGGCUGCUAAGGACAAGAAGGUCCUGGCUGGAGAGAAGAAGAGUAGCAAGGAUCGCUUGAUCAAGGAUAUAUCGGUCGAAAUAGCUGAGAAGUCCAAAUCCAUGGCACCUAUGACUAAGGAGGAAUGGGACAAGAGACAGAGUGUCAUUCGCAGGGUUUAUGAUGAGGCAACUGGUCGUCACAGAUUGGUCAAAGGAGAUGGCGAGAUCAUGGAAGAAAUUGUUACCAAGGAUCGCCACAGAGAAAUUAAUCGACAGGCAUCACGCGGCGAUGGUGAAUAUUUUCAAACACGUUUAAGAACAAAUAAAUGACUUAAUUCUCUUUGUAACGAAUUAUUAUUACCUAAGGAUGAAACAAGAUAUGAAACACUAUCAUGUAAUUACAAUGUUGUUCCAAUCAUUUAUAAAUCUAGAGCCUUUUCUCA